CUGGAAGACUGUGGGAGCGAGAAGGUCUUCUUUCUGGUCAGAAUUCGAUUUUGGGAAAUUUCGAAGGUUUUUUGAGGAAUUAGGGCAAAAGAAUUUGGGGUUGAAAUGGCGUGCAUUUAUAGCCCGUUUUCAAUCUCAUCACCUUCGAUUUCCGCGAGAUCUCGAAUCAAAUCGAAGCAGUUCGCAAUCCGAUGCGUCGUUGGAGAAGUUGUUGCAGAACCAAAAGUUGCAAACUUGGCGGAGCCGCUACUACUACAUGCUGUCCGGGGUGGCAAAGUCGAUAGACCCCCAGUUUGGCUUAUGAGACAAGCAGGGAGGUACAUGAAGAGUUAUCAAAUGAUAUGUGAGAAGUACCCUUCAUUUCGUGAAAGAUCAGAAAAUGUAGAUCUUGUUGUUGAAAUCUCUCUACAACCAUGGAAAGUUUUCAAACCUGAUGGAGUUAUUUUGUUUUCUGACAUCCUGACUCCUCUCCCGGGUAUGAACAUACCAUUUGAUAUAGUGAAAGGGAAAGGUCCUGUCAUAUAUAGUCCUUUAAGAACAUCAGGUGAUGUUGAUCAAGUGAGAGAGUUUGUUCCAGAAGAGUUCGUUCCUUAUGUUGGUGAAGCACUGUCUAUUUUGAGAGAUGAGGUUAAAGAUGAAGCUGCGGUUCUUGGUUUUGUUGGGGCUCCUUUCACCCUUGCAUCAUAUGUGGUUGAAGGGGGUUCAUCCAAGAACUUCACCAAAAUAAAGCAAUUGGCUUUCUCUCAACCCGAGGUUCUUCAUGCAUUGCUACAGAAAUUUGCCAACUCGAUGGCAAAAUACAUCAAGUACCAAGCGAACAAUGGUGCUCAAGCAGUCCAGAUCUUUGAUUCAUGGGCAACAGAAUUAAGCCCUGUGGAUUUUGAGGAAUUCAGCUUGCCUUAUUUGAAGCAAAUUGUUGAAUCUGUCAGAAAGACACAUCCGGAUCUUCCUUUAAUCCUCUACGCAAGUGGAUCAGGAGGAUUGCUCGAGAGACUUGCUAUGACUGGGGUCGAUGUUGUUAGUUUAGACUGGACUGUUGACAUGGCAGAAGGCCGGAAACGGUUGGGUCUCGAUGUAGCCGUCCAGGGAAAUGUCGACCCUGGGGUCCUCUUUGGAUCAAAAGAGUUCAUAACGAAACGUAUUCACGAUACUGUGGCCAAAGCUGGCAAUAGUAAACAUAUUUUGAAUCUCGGUCACGGCAUCAAAGUAGGAACACCAGAAGAGAAUGUCGCACAUUUCUUCGAAGUUGCACAAGGAAUCCGAUACCAAAUGUAGUGUUUGUCUUCUCAGUUUCAUUUGUUAAUUAUUGUGUUCUUCGGCGCUCAUUUUUUGUUUGCGAAUAGCAUUCAAUUCUUAAACUCAGAGAACGUGUAAUAUUAAUAUCUGACAAUUUUCUUGCUUGUGCAAUGGAUUUGAAUGUUCAGGUAUUUCUUGUA